AUGCCAACCUCAACCCCUCCCCAACAUGCCCGCGCUGUCAGCGAACAUUUUGCGCACGGAUAUUCGCGCUUGUCGGAUAUCGCGAACCCAAUGCACCAACAACCUGACAAACCCAACUGCUGCCCCUUGCACCACCCCUGCCCCAAACCACACGGCGCCUACGAUGACGGCCGCCUUCAUCGCCGGUUAUUACAAUCUCGGUGUCCUGCCAGCACUGCCAUCUACAUCGUCCCUGUCACAACGUCCGCGGUGGAGAAGACGGCCAUGAUGUUGGGUCACUGGUAGACCAAUCAUCAACACCAAUGAUAUUGGGGGGGCAGCCAAAUGGCUCGCAUGUUAGUGGGCAAAUACUUGUCGUGUUGAGCGCGAACGCAUGCGAUGAACACCGAGUUCGUUUAUUUGUGCGGUCGCGCAUCAUAUGUGUAGUGUAGAUGCUGCAGCUUGAGUAAUCACGCCACAUCUGUCUGAUAUCUGAUGACGACCACGAUGAUCAUGAGUUCGGAGGUGAAUUUGAAUCUUCAAGGAAAUACAGAUUUGCGUCCACUGAUCCAAUCGCCUUCUACUCCCCAACUACCUGGUGGGACCGGUUUUGUCGUGCAUAAUGAUAGGAAACGGGCUCCAGCAAGCGCUGGCUGGUUCUACCUAACUGCCUUUCGUUUGUGCAUGUAGAGCAGGUUAGCAUAGCUCCACCACUGCUGACUUUCAUGUGAACGCUUCCAAUUCCUACGCCUGCAUCUGACUCCGGUCCUCUGCUGUAUCAAUUUUGGAGUUUGCCCUUUGCUUAAAUUGCCAAAAUUUCCCCAAAAUUACUUGCGCUCUUUCUAAGCAGGCGAAUGCUGCCCUCUAAAAAGCCAUUUGAGAAUAUUGUUACAUUCGAGCAGUGUGUCUUGUCACGUAGAAACAGGCAAAACGGUACACUUGCAGGAGUUCGGUGCGGGUAAUCUCAGGCAGAUCCAAGAGAGAGAGAGAGAGAGAGAGAGAGAGAGAGAGAGAGAGAGAGAGAGAGAGAGAGAGAGAGAGGGUAAGGCACUGCACUGGACGCAUCACCGAGUUUGGUUGCGUGAACGGGCGAAAUUAAAAGCCAUGUAUUUGCAUUAAUUCCCUCGGUAUGUAUCUUUGCUGAUAUAAGGCGGCAGCCAUUUUGUCGUCGGUAGAGCAAUCCUGAAUGGGUGUUGCUGAGAAUUUGCUGAUAUGUGCAAGCGCUGUCAUCAGCUUGCAGUUGGACAUUUGUCGCGCCUACUGUGAGCUUGCUUUGGCGUUGGAAUAAGUCCUCUCGAUAAGUGGAACAACGUUAGAAAUGUCUUGGUUGCCACGAGACACGAUUGCAGUCCCGCCGUAGACGCAUGCAGUCCAGACUGAAGCCAUGAUGGUCAAGGAGAUAAGGUGUGGUAGACAGGAAGACCAGUUGGUGUUGAUAAUAAAGGCAAAAGUUGAUGAUAUUGUAAAGAAUGAAUAAAGGAUUUAACUUGUGUUAAUGUGCAUCCGUAAGGUAUUUCGGUCUCUGAAUAAUGAAGUCGGUAUCCUCAGCUUGGAUUUUCGAUUCUAGACGUAAUCCGGGUGCGUUACUCCGGACUGGGAAUGUAGUUGUCAUGUGGACUGCAAUUAUGCACUGCUGUCAUCAUCACUGAACUUCUUUUUACUUCCCUCAACAUCCCCCCCUCACACCAAUCUGCCUUCUUCUCCUGACAGAUUUGUGCACAGGACUGAAUGAAUCUGCAAAUCAAGAAGUUCAACUAUCCAAGCUACUUGUCCACUCUAAAUUUGGUCCGUACUCACCUUCUGUAAAAUCCCUGACGACAAUAGACUCGAUUCACUGCCAAACACUCGACCUCGCAUGGCCUUGCAAAAUUGUCCUAAUGAGGACUGACCUCAAACCCUCCACGGAUGGAGGCCUGACGGCAUUUUAGCAUUCUUCUGUUCUGCGCUUCGAUGACAAGUGAUCUCCCAAUGCACUUAACGAUUUUGUUAGUUGAUACACGCGACGGUGAUUUAAUUUAGCACAUGUUCUCUUGUUUCCCUUGUCCUUCGGUUAUGGUCAGGAUCAUAAUGGCUGUUUAGCUUUCUUGCCGUCUUCGUAUGUCAUUAGUCAUUUAAAGUAGCCUGCAAAUAUAUGAGCCUAUGUUGUCACCUGAAAUGCUCGGGUUACUUGAGCUUGUCCUUAAAACGUAAAUCGUCAUUACUCAUAUCUGGAAGUGCUGGAAUUUCGUCAAUGUUUUAGAAUACCAGGUUCUGUUUUGAAAUCUGUACCGACUCCUUGGUGUUGUUUUAUGUUCAGGAGAUAGCACGAUGUUUAGUGCUUGUUUUUAUUGAAAGAAACUAGAUAACCUUUCAUUGCAACUUAUUUAUGGAAAAUGAAAUUGCGGGGCGUAUGAGAGGAGCAGGACGGUCUAAUAAGCGAAUUCCAGAUGUCCUUUGUUCGUUGUCCACGAAAUUUGACGAAAUCUGCAUCAUAUUAGCUGCGGGUGUCCUGUGAGCGGCAACCACAUAAAUAAAAACUUACGCCUGAGCUUAUAUACCUUAAAUAUGCUGAUCUAUUUCAAUUUCGCAGUUAUUUUUUUGGAAUUUAUAAAGGCUACAAUUUCUAAAUUAGGGUGUCUACAAGGAAUGCUGGGGGACCCACUGACGAGCCGAACCCCUCGUAGCUGUAUCAUGCAACGGCAGAUUAUCACCGAAACACUUGUGUAUGGGCUUUAGGCCAGUACCUGUGCUGUUAGUAUGGAAUCUCCUGACCCUAAAGUACACUGUUUGUCGGCAGUUAGUGAAUAUUAGGCGGUUAUUCGCUGUGAAGGAUUGACUUCUGAGCCUACCGACCGUAAAUAUGCUGAUCUACUCCGAGUUCCAAGUUAAUUUCUAAAAAAUUAAUAAAGGCUUCAAGCACAAACAAUCUUCUGGAAAGAUGACACUCCGUCAUAUUUGGCGGUGAGUUUUUUGUGGGUCCCUGGAUUAGACAUUGAAUGUUCGUGAAUUAUAUUGCUCUAAUAAACGAAAAUGCUGGUUUUUUGGUGUCCUCGUAUCACUUCUUCAUGGUAUUAUGUGUCAAUAAAUAUGUCGUCUCCUAUAGAAUGGGCAAUUAAGAUUCAUUAUUUUGCUUACAUAACUCCCGUACUAUAUGAGCGUUAUGAUAUUUUGUCCUCAAAAUGUUUAGCCAUUCCAUAAAGACCAUGUAGCUGCGUUCCCGUGUUUUCCGUUCAAACUAAUGGCAGUUAAAUCUUGCUCCUUAAAGUAUUAGCUCAUGUAUAUUGUCAUUAAUAAUAUCUGGAAGUUCUGGAAAUUCAUAAAGUUUUUUUUAAAUAGCAAGUUUGGAAGGGUCGUCUCAGUUCGUUUGCUUUAAUAUCCUACUUUGCUCCCUAGAUCAUGAUUAAUAUACAGUAGGGGACAGCGUUUUUGGAAUAAUGCUGACAAAAUCUGAUUAGUCGACUACAAAUCGGGUUUAGUGCGCAUUAUAAGAAGCGCUUCGCGUCAUAACAAACCACAUCGCCUGUCAGUAUAAAAUAUUUAUGGAUGGUGAAAUCGAGGAGCACGUAAGAGGGUGAUGAUGAUGAUGAUGAUGAUGAUGAUGAUGAUGAUGAUGAUGAUGAUGAUGAUGAUGAUGAUGAUGAUGAUGAUGAUGAUGAUGAUGAUGAUGAUGAUGAUGAUGAUGAUGAUGAUGAUGAUGAUGAUGAUGAUGAUGAUGAUGAGAACGGCCUGAUUAGCUAA